CUACCAUUCCACGGUCCCCACGACUCCACCAAGCUCGCCGUCCCACCUGCUCUUCCAGCUUGUUCCUGUUCUCUCAUCGAAGCUCUCCGACCCCACGAUAGCGUCUGCCCACCGUCGGAAACUCCCUUUCGGUUUCGCUCCGAUCAUCUCUCCGUUCUCCACGAGGCCCAUUCCAGGUGUGCUGCAGAGUCACCACCGUCUUCUUGUUCCAUCUUCCUUGCUCUUCUGCGGACACCCCCCCACCUGCUUCCAGUCUGGUGACUCGUCUCCCGGCUCUGUGAAUCCCUUCUUCUUCCUUCCUUGUUCUUCUUCCCUUUCUUCCGUUUGUCCGAUGGCUGCGAAGGUUGGGUCGUUCAGGCACAGCUUCUUGGAGAGGAGCAAGGAGAGGCUCCUCUCCCGAAAAGGGUACUCUGACCUCGACCUGAACGGCACGGACGGGGGCGAUAAUGGGGUCCAGUGCAGGUGCUUCAGGUGGAUUUCGGAUAGGGUUGUGAGCUGCUGGAGUUGGUUGCAGGGCGCCGCGGUUGGGCUGUACCAGAUGGGUCGUUCCGAUCCUCGGAAGGCCAUCUUCGCCGCGAAGUUGGGCUUGUGUUUGGCCCUUGUUUCGCUGGUGAUCUUCUUUAAAGAGCCUGUCGAGGAUGUUAGCCAGUACUCCGUCUGGGCGAUUCUUACUGUCGUGGUGGUCUUUGAGUUCAGCGUAGGUUCAACUCUGAACAGGGGAUUUAAUCGGGGUAUUGGGACAUUAUCGGCCGGAAGUAUUGCUCUCGGCAUUGCAGAGCUAUCGACCAAGACCGGUGAUUUGCAGGAGUAUAUCCUUGUAAUCAGCAUCUUUAUAGCAGGAUUUUGUUCCAGUUAUGCUAAGCUUUACCCGGCCAUGAAGCCAUACGAAUAUGGGUGUCGGGUAUUCUUGUUGACUUUCUGCAUUGUGAUGUUAUCUGGGAGUUCUUCAACAUUUUUCGAAACGGCUUUUUACCGGCUAGCGCUGAUCGCCCUUGGAGCUGUCAUAUGUUUGGUUGUUAAUACCUGUAUAUACCCAAUCUGGGCUGGGGAGGACCUGCACAAAUUGGUUGUCAAGAAUUUCAAGGGUGUAGCUACUUCCUUGGAAGGGUGUGUUACUGGAUAUUUGGACUGUGUGGAAUAUACUAGAGUUCCUUCGAAAAUACUGACGUACCAAGCUUCUGAUGACCUACUGUACAGUGGUUACAGAACAGCUGUACAAUCUAUCGGUCAAGAGGAAUCACUGUUAGAUUUUGCGAGAUGGGAACCACCACAUGGCCCGUAUAAGUCAUUUAAAUAUCCUUGGAGAAACUACGUAGAAGUAAGUGGAGCUCUGAGGCAUUGCGCUUUCAUGGUGAUGGCAAUGCAUGGCUGCAUUCUCUCUGAAAUACAGGCACCGGCAGAAAAGAGAAAGGUUUUCAGGGAUGUGCUUCAAAGGGUUGGCACUGAAGGAGCUAAGGUAUUACUUGAGCUUGGAAGCAAGGUCGAACGGAUGGAGAAAUUAAGCCCCGGAGACAUACUCUUACCAGUGCAUGACGCAGCCGAAGAACUGCAAAUGAAGAUAGACGAGAAUUCGUACCUCCUAGUUAAUAAGGAGAGCUGGGAAUCCACAGCGCAGCCCAAGGAACUCGAAGAUUUGGAGAACAUCCAAGAUUCUAAAGAUGCUGAAAAUAGACAGAGAGUGAUACAUUCGUUGAGUGAUAUUUGUUUGGAAACACAGUACUCGAAUGCAGCUGUCAACUCACUGCUUCCUGAAUUUGUUUCCUCAGAGGGUACGAUUAAGAGGGAGUCGUGGCCACGUCUCUCGUUUAGCGCAAAUCCUUUGCCCAACGAAGAGCAGUCGAAAGUAUAUGAAAGUGCUAGCUCCUUAUCUCUAGCAACAUUUGCUUCACUUCUUAUUGAGUUCGUUGCGAGGCUUCAAAAUCUCGUGGAUGAAUUUCAAGAGCUCAGUGAGAAGGCAAAUUUCAGAGAUCCAGUGCCACUACCGGUGCCCAAUGAAGACGUUGGCUUCUGGAGUAGGCUUCUGGGGCAUUUCAGGUCCAAAAACUGAGACAGGUCAAUCUUACUUCCUGGUCAUAUUUGAUAUAACGUUUGGAAUUUUGUAAGUGUGAUCAGACAAUACAUGGCUUUGCCUGUGUUUCCUUAAGAACGGAAACUAAGGUUGUGCCAAGAGGCCAUCGUGCGAGGGUCUCUUACAUGGUAACAUAAGCUGGCUAUUAGUCGGAUUUUUUUGUCACUCCCCACGAUCAUAUAGUGGGUUUUUUUGAACUUGAACUUUUGAGCAGAGCACAUAUGUCAUGAAUAUGGGUAAUUUGUAUGACUGGAUGAUCGAAUCGGCUUUGAUCGUCGUGUCAAGCUAUCAAGGUGAACAGAAAAUGGAGAAUAAAUGGAUGGUACCAAAAACGAAAUUAUGUUUCA